AUGGCCAACCAGAAUGGCAUGGGGGCGCCCAACGUUAACAUGUACACUGGGAUGAACGGCGGCGUCAUGCCUUCCGCCGGCCACUACAGCGACAUGCAGACAUUGAUGCAGAAUAUGGAGAAUCUGAGUGGCUGGCUGGAGCAGAAUCGACAGGAUUGGGCACAAGUUCAAGAGGGCCUUGCCAAAGUCGAACGCUUGCAAGGCAGGCUCGCUCAGAGUGGUCAGGUCCCGCUGCUCAAUGGCGAUACACAGCCUGUGCCCCGACCGGAGCAACCCACAGUGGCCCAACUGUCCGACUCUCUAGCCAAGGCAAAUUCACAGAUAGAGUCCCUCCGGAGUACGUACAACGAUCAUGUCAACCUGCAACGACUAUACGAGGACACGCUCUCCGACACCACCGAACGCAUACGCCAAUACUGUUUCGAGCAGCAGAACCAUAUCAUUGCGCUCCACCAACACUACACCACCCUGCUCUCGCAAAGCCGCAGUGAAACGGUCGAGGCACAAUUGACACAUCAGGCCUGGCAGGCGGGUCUGCAGCGCCUCAGCGGCGGUGUACGGGAGGCAUUGAAGUCGAGACAGGAGGAAGGUAUGCCCUACAAGCGGAGAAUAGCCGCGCUCAAGGAGGAGAACAGAGUCCUGCGAAAGAUGGUGGGUUGGGAGGCACCCGUGGACAGUGAAGAUGAAGAAGAACUGGACGAAGAAGCGAGCCGAGGUAGGGUGCUGCAGGUGCCCGGUGUCGAGAGCGGAGUGGGCCAUGGCGUAUCUUGAAGAGAGAACAACACUUGCAACGAUGACUUCACAGCCGAAUAUGCGACAUCGCGACGCUGCGGCAACAUUCGCGCGCGAAAUGAACGCAGGCACUUCUCAAAACUGGCUUGCUCGAGAGAUGACAUCCAGAACGCUUUCGGAAACGUCCACCAAACAUGAUAUGGGCACGGAUGGAUAAGAUCCACAUAUGGGACACGACGUCCUAUUCAUGGCACUGUCGAGUUUGUGCAUACAGAACCGCUCCGUCCGGUCAAUCAGCUCGACUGCGGAGCUCACAAAGGGCUAUGGGGUGCGACAGCACACACUUUUCAAUGCAGAUAUUGGCAUUGUCGCUGGGCUAUGAAUCGGAUCAGGCCGCUUGUUACUGGAUUGUGCGGAUUGUGACUCGAAGUCGCAAGGAUGAAAACACGAACAAUGCUGAUAUACGAUUAGCGUGAGAGGUCUGCGAAGAAAGAAAUGUUUGUCAACGUCCUGUGGUCUGCCGGACC